AUGCAGGCGCUCAAGGACAAGCUCAAAGAUACCAAGCUGCACGACGCCAAAGUCGAGGCAAUCCACUUCAAGCACAAGAUCGGAAAGCUCAAGAACCUCGUCAACAAGAAUCACCGCCAUGAUGAGGAGCACGAGCAAGAGACCGACCGCAAGAGGACGGCGGCUUGUGAAUCGCAUCGCUUCCAGUCUUUCUUCCCAGAGCGUGACAACAACAAGAUCAAAUGGUACGUCGAUGGUCGCGACUACUUUUAUGCCGUGUCCGUUGGCCUCGAAAAUGCCAAAGAGACCAUCUACAUUGAGGAUUGGUGGCUGUCUCCCGAACUCUUCCUGCGCCGACCACCUUUCUUCAACCAGGAAUGGCGUCUUGAUCAGGUCAUCAAGCGUGCCGCAGAACGUGGCGUUCAAGUAUACGUGAUCGUGUACAAAGAGGUCCAGCAAGCUUUGACCUGCAAUUCGGCUCACACGAAGCACGCUUUGCGCGCUCUGUGUCCGGAAGGGAGCCCUGGCCAUGGGAACAUCCACGUCUUGCGACAUCCAGACCACAAUGUCUUCGAGAACUUCGGCGACAUGACUUUCUAUUGGGCCCACCACGAGAAGUUCAUUGUCAUCGACUACCACUUGGCCUUCAUUGGCGGAUUGGACCUGUGUUAUGGGAGGUGGGAUGUCCGUCAGCACAUCUUGGCCGAUGUUCAUCCUUCCGGAGUCGUCAAUGAAAUCUUCCCAGGCCAGGACUUCAACAACAAUCGAAUCAUGGACUUCCAGACUGUGGAAGACUGGUCGCAUAACGAACUUAACAAGACCGAAUACGGCAGAAUGCCGUGGCACGAUGUCGCGAUGGCUGUGAUAGGCGAAUGCGUGGUCGACAUUGCCGAGCACUUCGUCCUCAGGUGGAAUUUUGUCAAGAGGGACAAGUACAAGCGCGAUGAAGGCGUCGACUAUCUAUGCAUGACCACUCGCUCAAGGGCAGAUGGGUCAAACCCCGACGAAGACCUCAUCGCUGUUCAGAGGCCCAAACAUCCUGUUGGCAAGUAUAUCGAGCAUCCCCUCAGCCCGCUCGAGGGCAAAGGGCUCCAAAACCCGGGCUCUGUGCACGCCCAGAUCGUUCGAAGCAGCGAUGACUGGAGCAGCGGCAUCCUCCUCGACCAUAGUAUUCAGAACGCGUAUAAAGAGGUGAUCGAAAACGCCCAGCACUACGUUUACAUUGAAAAUCAAUUCUUCAUCACAUCCACAGGCGAGCAUCAAUCCCCCAUCCACAACACCGUCGGACGCGCAAUUGUCAACGCCUGUAUCAGGGCUGAAAAAGAAAACCGCAAAUUCCGAGUCAUCAUACUGAUCCCAGCCAUUCCGGGCUUUGCGGGGGACCUGCGCGACGACGCCGCCGUCGGCACCCGAGCCAUCAUGGACUACCAAUACAAGAGCAUCAACCGCGGCGAACACUCCAUUCACGGCCAACUGAAAGCCGCGGGCAUCGAUCCAGCGAAGUAUAUCUUUGUUUUCAACCUGCGCGCGUACGACCGCAUUGACAAGACGCCCACCCUCAUCCAGCAAGAGAAGGAAUCCGGCAUCUCGUACCAAGAGCUUCAACGAGCCGAAGCCGAAGAGAUUAUGGGUAGCGGCAUCCACGGUUAUGAGGGGGAGAAAAGCGAGCCUGAUUCGCAUGGCAAGAACAAAGGCCACAGCAUCGACGAGGACGAACAACACCGCAUCAUCGAUCGCAAACGUCGCUUCGAAGCUGCGCGCAAGAACCUCGACAUCAGAGACCCAGUAACAUCCGCCGAGUCCAUCGCCGAAGACGCCAUGGCGCGUGGCGGCCUGGUCAGCGAAGAACCGUGGGAAGGCGACCCGGAGGCCGAGAAGGAGAACUUCGUCCAAGAAGAGUUGUACAUCCACGCGAAACUGCUCAUCGCCGACGACAAGACCGUCAUCUGCGGGUCGAGCAACAUCAACGACCGCUCUUUGCUCGGCUCCCACGACUCGGAACUCGCCAUUGUCAUGACCGACACACAACCGCUCGAAACGACUAUGGACGGCAAACCCUACACGGCAGGCCACCACGCAGCCACGCUCCGGCGCCACCUCUGGCGCGAACAUCUGGGCCUCAUCGAAGCCCAAGGGGUGGACGGAAAGGACGAUCCCAACGCGCAACCACCCACCGUGUGCAUGAACGACACGUACUCGGGCGAAGAAUGGGACUUGGUCGCCGACCCGCUCGCCGACCGCGUCUGGGAUCUCUGGACCACACAAGCGACCACCAACACGGACAUCUAUCGCCACCUAUUCCGCGCCGACCCGGACAACAACAUCAAAUCGUGGAAGGACUACGACGCGUUUGCGCCCCGCAAGACGAUCAAGCAGGGCCAUUUGCACGACCCGCACAUGCCGGUCGAGGUUGUCAGGAAGGAGAUGGAUAAGAUUCGGGGACAUCUGGUUUGGAUGCCGCUGGAUUUCCUGUGCGACGAGGAGAUGGCCGAGCGGGGAUUGCAGGUCAAUGCUUAUACCGAGGUGGGUUGUUCUUGCCUUUGGUUGGUGCGAGAGGUGAAUUGCUAA